CGGACUCACGUGCACGCGCGUGGAUGUACAAAACCUGCUCGCGCUCCUCUCUGCGCGCUCGCACCGAACAUGGCGAAAGUCUCCGCCGUCUUCAUCCUCUUCAUCAUCAACCCGCCGCCGCCGUCACCCUCCUCUGCCCCUGCGUCCUCCUCCUCCUCCUCAGCGGUGUCCCCGCGAGCGUGAUGCCCCGGCGGGAUGGAGAAACUGCCCGCGUGCCUGUCGGAGAUCAGCUGGAGCCACGCGGCGCUGCCGCUGGACGCGGUGGUCAGCAAGUUCCGUCUGCCCGCGCUGGUGCGGCUCGCGCACGGUGAGUGUGUGGAGGGCCUCUCGGAGGAGGACGUGGUGCUGCUGCACUCCUGCCGCCAGUGGACCACAGUGACGGCCCACAGCUUGGAGGAGGGCCACUACGUCAUCGGACCCAAGAUCGACAUUCCCCUGCAGUACCAGGGCAAGUUCAAGCUGCUGGAUGAAGACCGGGACGUCAGCGAUCCUGUACAGUAUUUCUCCAGCGUAGAGGAAGUUGCCGCCAUCUUCCCCGACCGUGUCUUUGUCCUGGAGACGAUCACUUUCAGCGUGAAGGUGGUUUCAGGAGAGUUCAGUGAGGACAGUGAGCCCUACAGUUUCACUCUGCAGGCUGGAGAUGAGCUGUCACUCAUGGGGAAGGCGGAGCUUCUUUGCGCCACUUCUCCAAAGGAAAAGAUCGGAUUGAGCAUGCUUCUCCGACGUUUAGGCAAGACUCCCAGAAGUAAAACUCCCUGCCUGGUCUGCAUGAACCAUCGCACCAAUCAGAGUGUCAGCUUGCCCUUUGGCUGCCGGGGACGCUUCUGCACACGUUCUCCCCUGGAGCAAGGCAUGCUGGGAGGAGAGCACACAGUACGGAGCAUCAUAGAGAGAGUUCGCCUCCCAGUCAAUGUCUCUGUUCCAUCUCGACCACCACAGAACCCCUUUGAUCGCCAUGCGGUACGCGAGGGCCACCGCUACAAGCUACUAAACAUUGUCAGCAAGACUGUGGUGAUCUGUUUGGUACUUCGUCGGCAGGAAGUGUCCCCCUCCCACUUCCUUUUGCUGCGCUGCAUGCCCUGUUUUAAUGUGGCUGUGGCCUCUGUUCACACGGCGGCCCUGGAGAGCCUUCUGCUGCGUCAUGCCUUCGAUCCGGACGCCUACUCCCGAGCUGUCAGAGAAACCCGACCAGAGUUAGAGUGUAUGACCGAGGAGUGUGUUAGCCCAAGACGUUCUCGCGUGUGCGUAUCGGGUCAGGACACGCUAGCUCCGGCACUGCAACGCCUGUCAAUGUGUGGGUACGUCGGUGGGGUUUCACAAAGCAUUUCGGAGCGAUGCCGAGACUCUUUUGGAGAGCGUCUAGAGGAGGUACCCGGUGAGGAGAGGGAGUAUGUGACUCCAGAGUGGACCGAAAAUGAAAUGAGGACCAGCGAUGAGAUCCCUUACGAAGAACUUUGGACCAGUCAGAACACCGAGAGCUUAGGAAAGGAGCCCAAUCUUAUAUCCUUCCAUUCUUCAUCUGCGAUGGAUGGUUCCAUUGGUACCCUGGUCGCAAAAGUGUCCACCCCACCACCUGUACCUCCAAAAUCUGAUGCUGUGAGAGAGGAAUGUCGGUACUUGAUUGCUCCUCCUGUGCCUCCUCGCUGCUCCAAAGGUGGCUCCAUCUCCAGUCCGGCCCCAAGCCCUCCGGUUCCUCCUCGAUUCCCCAAAACCUCUGCCUCCCCAAGACCAAACCUCUCCUUUUACUCCUCUGGACUGCAUGAUAGCUGCUCGCCCUCCCCAGACGCCACCAUCUACUGUUAUCCCUGCUCUUGGGGUGACUGUCCUGCUCCGAAUCCGGCUAGUCCUGAGCCUGCAUCCUCCAUCCCUGCAGAAAGCUCCACCAAUCCCAAGCCGGCGCAGGCCACCUGGGCGGAGCCAUGGGCGGACUCCUUCCCCUCCUCCGUACCCAGACUCAGACCUCCACCUCCACAGAGUCGAUUCGCUCCUUUUGGUGCCUUGAACCCCUUCAACCGUCAGUCCCCCUGCCCUUCACCUGAGCCGGCGGUCAGCCCCGCAACAGAUUUUUCCAGAGGUGCUGAGGGGGGUGGGACACCCUCCGGGGUCACGGAGGGACCGUCCCUGCCGCCUGACCCCACCUGGCGGCCGCCGGCCGACCUUUCCGCUUUGUCCCUGGAGGAGGUCUCUGCGUGCUUGCGGUUCAUCGGCCUUCCCGAGGCAGCGGUGGGCGUUUUCCAGAGGGAGCGGAUUGACGGCAGCCUGCUGGUUCAGCUGACGGAGGACAUCCUGUCGCACGAUUUCCACCUGAGCCGACUUCACGUGACCAAAAUCACACAGUUCAUCCAGGGCUGGAGGCCCAAAAUCUGAAAGCCCUGCUUAAUGUGCCUUCUACUGUGACCCACUGACUGCUGAGCCCCAAACAAAGGGAAAGAACGCCCCCUUGUGGGCAAACAAAAGAAGUGACUCUUGACUCCCAGACUGGAAAAAAAAAAGCAUCUUAGUCAGAUUUUACACACAAUUUUAAGUUUUUUAAUUUCCUAUUAUUUGCACCUCAGUAGAUGUUCAUUUAUUUCAAAUUAAAUAAAGUUAUAAUGUGAGUUUGACGGGCAUUUAAAACACGCAGUGCUGUUUAUUUAAGCCAUUCUGUGCUUUGGAGCAGAGUUUUUAUCAGAGCCCCCUUUUAUGGGUUUUAGGUAUCCAAUACACUAAAACGCUGACAUGAAGUAACACAUAGAUUUCUCCGGAUGUACCUCAGACAGCUUGUUCAGAAAUACUUGAUUUAGGAAUGCAUAAAAAUAAAUGUAAUCCAACUGAAAACAG